GUGAGGAGGAGGAGUGGCAAUCUGACGGCGAGGAGGAAGAGGUUGAAGACGGCUCGAGCGAGGAGGAGGAGGAAAUGGAAGUCGAUCCUCCUCGGAUGGAAAGGCGAUCCAAGCUCGCCCACAACCCCGCGAGGGAGGCCGUUGUGCCGUCGACAAAGCACCCUCGGACGGCCUCUCUGGCGCCGACUGAAAAGGCGCCGAAGCAUCCGCGGGCGGAUUCAUCAAAGCCGCCAAAGGCCUUGCCCAAGAUGAAAAUGGCCAUUCCCACCAUCUCCGGUGCUGCUACGUCUGAGACCUCCGCCAAGGACGGCGACCAAGAAAUGGAAGACAUUGUCACCUCCAACCCUGAAAAAACAAAGGUGGCUCUGAACAAGAAGGACCAGGAACUUGCUGAGGCGCAGAAGGCUGCUUUGGAUAAAACGAAGCUUGCGGAAGAGAAAAUUCUGCCAAAACUUUGA